CAAGCCGUUCCCCUUAGGAUAGCAAGUUGCUUUGCAAUGCUUAGAGUUUAGUCAGCUCGGGCUGCUCUUGUGCAGUGUGUUUGGCUCUGCUGUAGCGUUCAGCUCUUUCAGUGUAGCUCCAUGGACCUGCGAAGUGCUGGGCUUCCUAUGGAGGCCCGAGAGGGAAUCUCUUCCUCUCCAGGUGAUAAUGAAGAGUAUGAGAGUCUUCCGCCUGGAGCCUCCCCUCUCACUCACAUGAUGGCAGGAGCUGUUGCUGGAAUCCUGGAGCACACCGUCAUGUAUCCAGUGGACUCUGUCAAGACACGGAUGCAGAGCCUGCAGCCUGACCCUAAUGCCCAAUACAGAGGAGUCACCGAGGCCCUCAAAAGGAUCAUCCGCACUGAGGGAUUGUUUACACCUUUGCGGGGGAUCAAUGUGACAAUGCUGGGGGCUGGCCCGGCACAUGCCUUGUAUUUUGCCUGCUAUGAGAAGAUGAAGACCACCGUAGGAGGGAUGAUCAAUCAUGCUGGGAACAGCCACGUGGCUAAUGGGGUGGCAGGAAGUUUGGCAACGCUGUUACAUGAUGCAGUCAUGAACCCAGCAGAAGUGGUAAAGCAGCGAAUGCAGAUGUACAACUCCCCAUACAGGAGCAUGUUGCAUUGCAUCCAGAGUGUUCGCAGGACGGAAGGAAUUGGAGCCUUCUACCGCAGCUACACCACACAGCUCUUCAUGAACAUCCCCUUCCAGGCCAUCCACUUCAUUACAUACGAGUUCACUCAGGAGCAGCUAAACCCCCAGCGACAGUAUCACCCCGGCUCACACAUAGUCUCCGGAGCUAUUGCUGGAGCUGUCGCAGCAGCAGCCACCACUCCUCUGGACGUGUGCAAAACAUUGCUCAACACUCAGGAGAACACGGCCCUCACUUCUGUCCAUAUCAGCGGCCACCUCUCUGGCAUGCUCAAUACCUUCAGGACAGUCUACCAGCUAGGUGGGGUGGCAGGUUUCUUCAGAGGGAUCCAGGCCCGAGUCAUCUACCAAAUGCCUUCCACAGCUAUAGCCUGGUCUGUGUAUGAAUUCUUCAAGUACUUUCUAACCAAUCGUAAUAAUCCAUCGUCCCGCUGAUGAGCCUGCAGGCCAACGAGCUGCGUUCAUAGGAGAAGGUGUUAAUGAGGAUGCUUCAUCCAGUGAGGUGACCUCCUUAUCAUGCUCAGGGUAUCAGCCUUGAGCUGGGCACAUUGGAAGGCAUCGGUGUAAGCUCCUCAGAAAACUUGAAUGAAGUGAAGGUCUAACCUACUUCAGCAGGAACAUGUGCAUAUCCAAGCUGUUUCUGAGUACCUUUCGUCUGUGCUCUAGACUAGGAAGAAUGUGGAAUUAAAGGAAUAGUAACGCCAAAAAAUGAAAGUUUAAGUAAUGAAAAUGUCAUGUACAGUUGCCC